GUGUUGACGAUGCCACAAUAGCAUUUUGUGAUGAUCAAGCUUUUUGCUGAUACAGUAUCAGUAUAAUCCGCUUAGUAAAUCCACCUUGAAACGUCAGGCCCUGCCCUCUACUCCGCCAUGAAACUGCGCGUUAAAAUCAAGGAGCUGAGCAUGUCUCUGCAGCUGGCUGUGGACGAGCCGGACGCCUCCGUGCAGGGCGUCACGGCGCGCAUCGCCGACGAGGUGGCCGCGCGCAUCGGUCUCCGCAUCACCGCCUGCCAGCUGAGUCUGAACGGCCGCGACCCGCUGGCGGAGAGUGUGCGCGAGAGCGCGCUCUCUGAGCUGGGCGUGGUCAGCGGCGACCAGCUGCACGUGCUGGACGCCCAGUUCGAUCCGCCGCUGACACAGCGCGUGGUGGCCGCCGAGCCGCCGCCGCCCUCUCUGCACGUGGAGCCCCGUCCGGUCGGCCAGCAGGGGGACCGGGAGGAGGGCGGGGAGCCGGACGAGGCCGAGCGGCCGGUGGCGGAGAGCAGCGAGCCGCUGCUGGUGCGUGACGCGCGGCCGGGCCGGCUGCCGCGCCUGCUCACCUGGCUGGCGGAGCGCGCGCCGGCCGACUCGCCCGAGCACCUGCUGGUGCUGGCACUGCACGCGCUGAUGCUGGAGGCCGGCCUGCAGCCGCUGCAGCCGGAGCCCGGCCACGGCGCGGCCGCCGGCGGCUUCCGGCCGAGCGUGGCGCCGGCCGUGCCGGGCCCGGCGGCCGAGGCCGAGCCGGCGCCGGCCGGGCCCGAGCCGCCCUCACACUGCCGCACGGCCGGCUACUUCCCGGGCGGGCCGCCUGCGCCGCGCCGCUGGCACCUGCCGCCCGGCUGGAAACGGCCCGGCCUCUACCAGAUCACCUACGGGCUGCACUUCAACAUGGCGCUGACGGCGGUGCUCAGCGCCGUGCCCAUGGGCAACGUGAUGGUGGUACACGCGGUGCCGGCCGGCGGCGCACAGAUCUUCAGCGUCACGCUCCGGCCCCGCGACUUCAUCGCCGCCACCGAGUCCGGCGAGACGGCCGAGCGCUUCCAGAACCUGCGUCAGCUCUCCAACACGUUCAAGAACGGCAUCACGGUGCCGCUGCUGGUGGCGCUGCAGCGCUCCGUCGGCCUGGUCUCGCCGCACGAGUGGCGCGCGCUGCCGCUCGAGCUGCAGCUGUUGGUGCUGCGCCGGCUCAGCGCGCCCGAUCUACUGCGCAUGCGCUGCACGAGCCGCGAGAUGCGGCUGCGCGCCGAUGACCCGCUGCUCUGGCGUGACCUGGUCUGUCGUGACUUUCCGUCCGAGAGCGGCUCGCUGUCGGCGCUGGAGCCGUCGGCCGACUGGAAGGCGCUCUACAUCCAGCUGCACCGGCGUCGUGCCGAGCUGCGCCGCCGGCCCGAGUGGUUCCCGGGCGCCGCGCCGCCGCCGCUGCCGCUGCCGCCAGUGCCCAGCGGCUGGUUCGAGCCGGCACCGAUGGCGCCGCCGAUCGCCGGCAUCAUCGGCGGCGAGUACGACCGGCUGCCGAGCCUGGGCUUCCAGCCGCCGCUGGCGCUGCCCCGCGCCCGGCUCGACAGCCUGCUGCCCGCCGGCCGGAGGAGGUUCGGCAGUGACCCGGCCGCGGCCACCUUCCUCGGCGGCGGACGGCUCAUGUGAGCGGGCGCCACCGGCCCGGGGCGGCUGCGCCAUCGUCCGGUGGAGGGACGGUGACCCGGGGCGGCUGCGCCAUCGCCCAGUGAAGGGGCGAGAGGCCCGGGGGUGGGUGACACGUGAGUGCGCUGUUGGCGGAACCGGAGGGGCAGGAAGGCUGUGUGCGCGCGAAACGUCGAGAAUAAUGCGUUAUAGCGAAACGGCGAUCAUGUACCAAAUAUUUGUUAGUGCCUAGUACCUUUUCCGAGCGAUAACUCCUUUUUGAGUAUGUGCUACACGGUUGCAUUUCUCGUUUGAACAUUUUCAUGGGUACUGGCUAUAAAUAUUCUCGAAUUAUAUUAUGUUGCAUGAUGCAUCUGUGUGGUACACAUAACUACCGUAUGAUGCGAUCGUUUUUGCUUCCGUUGCAAAAUAUGUUGUGCUGGUCCAGCAUAGGUGGAAGAAAUCGCUAGAUAGUUGUUUGCUCAUUUUCUUUUAGCUUUAAAUGUUUUUACCAAAUAAAUCGUUGGUCAUUGUAA